AUGGUUUAUGCAAAUAAUAAUAUUGAUCCAAAUGCACCAUGCUAUGUAUCUGAGUGUGCCGAACUUUUAUCAGAUAAAGUAGGUGGUGUUGUUCUUGGUUGUACUGACCAAUGGUUUGCUGAAUGUGUAAACCUCAUUAAACACUCAGCUCCAGUUUGGGAUGCUGAAAAAUAUGUUGAUACAGGUAAAUGGAUGGAUGGUUGGGAAACAAAAAGACAUAAUCCAGAUCAUGAUUGGUGUAUUAUUAAAUUAGGUAUUCCAGGUGUAAUUUAUGGAUUUGAAAUUGAUACAGCCUAUUUUACAGGUAAUUAUCCACCACAUGCAUCAAUUGAAGCACUUUGUGAUGAUAGUGAUCCAAAUUUCAACACAUUGAAAGAAUCAAAUAAUUGGGAAGUAAUUUUAAACAAAUCCGAUCUUGGCUCAUCAUGUAAAAAGUAUUUUGAGUGUAAAGUUGAAAAACGUUUCACUCAUAUUAAAUUUAGAAUUUAUCCAGAUGGUGGUGUUGCAAGAUUACGUGCCUACGGUAGGGUUGUUAAGGAUUGGACAUUAGUGAUUCCAGGUGAAUUGGUUGAUUUGGCUGCCAUUGAAAAUGGAGGUUUAGUAACUCAAGUAAGUGACCAUUUCUAUGGCAAUAAAAACAAUAUCAUCAUGCCAGGUCGUUCAGUGAACAUGGGUGAUGGUUGGGAAACCAAGAGAAGAAGAGGUCCAGGAAAUGAUUGGUUAACUGUAAAAUUAGCAAAAGAAGGUAUUGUCAAAAGAAUUGAAGUCGACACCAAUUGGUUCAAAGGCAAUUUCCCAACAUCUUGUUCAAUCGAUGCCAUUCAUUCAAGUUCUGCUCCAGAUGAAACUCAUCUUCAAGAUUAUGAAUGGACAAAUAUUCUUCCAAACUCUCCAUUAUGUGGCCAUCGUCGUCAUUUCUUCCAAAAUGAAUUGGUAAACAAUGAUAAACCUUUCACUCAUAUUCGUUUAAAUAUUUUCCCAGAUGGUGGUGUUAGUAGAUUAAGAAUUAAUUGUUCAUUACCAGAUUCAAAAAAUAAUAAUAAUAAUAAUAAUAAUAAUAAUAAUAAUAAUACCAGUAAUAGUUUUAAAACCUCAGAUAGACAACAAUAA